GCAAGAAAAACAACACUGGGGAAAAUGGGGCUCGAUACGGGCGCCAUCUUUAUCAUAUUCGCGGUGUCUGCUGCCGGCACGCUGGUUCCUGUGAUCUCGCAGAGAAUUCCGAAAUGUAACACCAACACGAUCUUCAUGGAGGCGAUCCGCGCCUUCUCCUUCGGUGUCGUCCUCGCCACGGGUCUCAUCCACAUGGUCAACGAAGGCAUCGAGAAACUAAGCGACGAGGCGCUGGGGCCGAUCGUCGAGGAAUAUGGCUGCUUGGGCUUGGCGAUUGUGCUGAUCACGAUGAUCGUCCUGCAGUUUAUAGAGGCUGAAAGCGUGAUCUUCUUCGCUGGCGGGGGAUCGAUGCUACACGGCCACGGUCACAGCCACGGCCCUGGAGACUUGCACACGAACGAUUCUGAUGAGAGUGCUCCCGAAUCCCCAAGCGGUCAAGAUGGGGCGUAUGUGGUGGCGCCUGCUGAUAUCUCGCUCGAAAAGAAGACCAUGGUCCACAAUACCAACCUUCACCGUAGCAGUCUCGAUCACGGUCACUCCCACACCACCGAGACCGUUCCGGCGUCCCCGACCGAUCGAGGUGAGACGAAGUUGUCAGCUGAGAAGAAAACUGCGGCGCACAAUGCCAACAUUCGCCGCAGGAUCGCGACCAUCAUCUUCGAGGCGGGCGUCAUCUUCCACUCAAUCAUUGUCGGGCUCGAUCUCGGCGUCACUACAGGCCCCAAAUUCAACACGCUUUUGACGGCCUUGUGCUUCCACCAAUUCUUCGAAGGGGUCGCCAUUGGCAGCGCCGCCGUCACAACUACCCAAAGCAAAAGGAAGCUGUUCCUGAUCAACUUCGCCUUCGCGAUCACCACCCCCAUCGGCCAAGCCAUCGGCAUUGGUAUUCGCAGCUCGUAUUCAAGUGAAUCGACGACAGCACUGUGGGUGCAAGGCGUGUUCGACUGUAUUGCUGGCGGGAUCCUGCUCUACACGGGGCUCGUGGAGCUGCUGACGUACAACAUGACCACCAACCAGAAAUUCCUGGGGCGCAGCACUCCGCAGAGAUACGCAUUGUAUGCCUGCCUGUGGUCGGGGGCCGGCCUCAUGGCGCUCAUCGGCAAGUGGUCGUAA